AUGGAUAAACCAGUCAGUGCCCGAAAUUGGUUUGUCUUCCUCGUUGCCUUGUCUACGUUCAUUGUGUUCUUUUACGCUUUUGAUUAUGCUGUUUUAAGUGCCCUUGGAGGAAACAGGGCCACCUAUUUAAUCAGCAACUUUGUCGAUUCCAAUAACUGCUCGCAUAUCCAAAAAUCAAAUUGCUCUCUUGAUGUCCCUCAAAUAUUCAAUCAAAGCACUUCUCCUGAUCCAUCAGUUGAUACUGACAAUCCUUUUAGUGAAGUAUUUCAGUCUCUUGAUCAAGUAAAUAAUCUUACUCGGAACAAGAAGACUACAUUGGCUGCAAGAACCAAGAUAGAAGAUUCUUGCAAGGGUCGUUACAUAUAUGCUCAUCAUCUUCCUAGCCGAUUCAAUGAUGAUGUACUAAAAAAUUGCUCAUCACUUGUGAAAUGGUUCGACAUGUGUCCGUACUUGAAGAACUUGGGGCUUGGUCCUCAGGUUGAGAAUUCUAAUGGGGUUCUGUCCGAAAAGGGUUGGUUUGCAACCAACCAAUUUCUUUUAGAAGUCAUAUUUCACGAGAGGAUGAAGAGAUACAAGUGUUUGACUAAUAACUCCUCGUUCGCCGAUGCCAUUUAUGUGCCGUUCUAUGCUGGCUCCGAUGUCGGUCGCUACCUUUGGGACACCAUAUCAAAGAGAGACUCUUUAGGUUCUGAUCUUGUCAAGUGGCUUGCGCAGCAGCACGAAUGGAAAAGGAUGUGGGGUAGAGACCAUUUCUUUGUUUCGAGUAGGGUUGGUUGGGAUUUUCGAAGACAAUCUGACGAUGAUUGGGGUAGCAAGCUUAUGUCCUGUCCUGAAUCUAUGAACCUGACAAUGUUGACAAUUGAAACAACCUCAUGGAGCAAUGAGUUUGCAAUACCAUAUCCCACAUAUUUCCAUCCUUCAAGUGACAAUGAGGUACUCCAGUGGCAAAACAGAAUGCUGGAUCGUAACAGACGCUACUUGUUUGCCUUUGCCGGCGCCCCGCGACCUGGUGUGAAUGAUUCUAUACGAGGCGAGAUUAUCAACCAAUGCUUAGCUUCAAGGAGGACAUGCAAUUUUCUUGGUUGUUCUUCUGGCAAAAGCAGAUGUGAUGAUCCGGUUGAAGUGAUGAAAGUGUUUCAAGACUCAGUUUUCUGCUUACAACCUCCCGGGGAUUCACUCACUAGGAGAUCGACUUUCGAUUCGAUUUUGGCCGGUUGCAUUCCAGUUUUCUUCCAUCCAUUCUCUGCUUACGGGCAAUAUACAUGGCAUUUUCGGAGGAGUUACUGGAAAUAUUCUGUGUUCAUACCAAUGGACUUAAUGAAAGAGGGGUUUGUCAACAUCAAGCAGGUACUACUUCAAGUUUCAGAAGAUGAAAUAUUGGCAAUGAGAGAGGAGGUAAUAAAGCUGAUCCCAAAAGUAAUAUAUGCAGAUCCCAGGUCUAAAUUAGAGACACUGGAAGAUGCAUUUGACAUAGCAUUGAAGGGUGUCCUGAAUAGAAUAGGAAAACUGAGAAAGAAUAUCUUGAAGGGGAGGGAUCCUAGUCACGGUUUUGCAGAAGAGAAUAGUUGGAAGAUGAAAUUAUCUGGGAUUGGAGUGGAAAAAGAGUGGGAUCGUUUCAUUGAUUUAUAG